AUGCCGAAACCUUUUUUUCCAGUGCUCAAACUUCCUAAUGUCGUCAUUGACCAACUUGUAAAGCACUGGGACAUGGAAAAUGUAAUUGAUGCGACUAUGCGCUCCGACAAAUUUUUUUGUGAAGUCGAGAAAUUCAAGAUCGUAAUCAAAUCACUCACUUGGUUGGUUGGCGAAACCCUUGUUGGCAUUGAUUUGGAUCUUGGCAGUUGUAUUGUGCAGAUACGGUUCGUAAAAAUGGGUGAAACUACAGGAGUCAAGAAGGUUGACGGAGUAUACGUCUACUCGACCAAAGGCCCAAGAAUUCCAAACGCAAACAAAGAGGAUCACAUCCUUUGGACCUUCAACGUUGAUCACAACAAGUUGGAGGAUAAAUUGGUGCGCGCCGAGCAGGUUACAAAACACUUGCUAAAAAUUUUGAAACCAGAAGAGUUCCACUUUCAAUGCGGCCUCAACAACGCUACCAUUCUACCAGAUCUCUUCAUUUGGAGUCAUCGAAAGGGUUUCUCAACGAUUCUGGUGAAACGAUCCGACCGCCGGUCAACUACUAUGUCACCAGAAGCCUUGAUUUUUCUUAUGGAAGAGUUGAAAGCCGACUACCGCGACUUGAAAAUUCGAAUGAAUGCUUUCCAGUACUACAAGCCGAUUCAAGCGAAAACGUUGACUUUGGAAGACAUGAGCUGGGUUACAACGAUCUGUUUGAUGGGUCCACAGCUUGUCAAAGCUCGAUCAGUUGGUCGAUCGACGGCUCACAUCGAUUUUAACGAGAUUAUCACCAACUGGGUAAAUGGAGGAAGCCCAAAUCUUGAGAGGCUGGUUCUCGACACGUCCUCACUAGGAUUAGAUGCUGCAGCCGUCUACAAGGAUUUAAAAAUGGAACCGUCGAUUUUCACAAAGUGCGAUAUGACCAGAAGGCUCUGUGAUUUUACUGAUGAUUGUCAAGACGUGCGACGUCUCAGUGAUGGCCGUAUAGCUACACUGCACUCAAUUGUCGAUCGAAAACUCGAAAUGACUGUUUGGCACAAGAAGCACUUGAUGUUCCUCUCACCAGCGACAUAUUACAAACUGAAGUCUACCCAUGGAGGAUAUUUCCCGAAAAAAUGA